CCCCUCUACCUCUUCCCCUCGUUAUUUCCCCCUUCUCCCCUACACAUCACAUGCUCCAACCCACUCACAAAUCAUUCGUUUACUUUACCAAUUGACUAAUCUUACCAUUACCCAUUACCAUUACCCAUUACCAUUAGCAUCUUCUCUCAAUCUUCACUCCCAACUCACAAACAAACCCCAGACAGGCGCACGGAUUUAUAGGGAUGAAGCGUGCAAUGGCUGACGGUGAGGCUAGGGAGAAAGGGGAGGACAAGAAGAUGAAGAAGAUCAGAGUUGAAGGAGAAGAAGAGGGAGGAGGAGGAGGAGGAGAAGAAGAAGAAGAAGAAGAGGAGGGAGAAGAAGGGGGAAGAGGAAGUGGGUUUGUGAAUCUGGAUGAGAAUCUGCUGUACGAGGUGUUGAAGCAUGUGGACGCGAGGACGCUGGCGUCGGCGGGCUGCGUGAGCAAGCUGUGGCACAGGACGGCGCAGGACGAGCGGCUCUGGGAGCUGAUCUGCACCAGGCACUGGGCCAACAUCGGCUGCCCCAAGCAGCAGCUCCGAUCUGUGGUUCUCGCUCUGGGGGGGUUCCGUCGUCUCCACUCCCAAUUCCUCUGCCAUCUCUCUAAGCCACAAUCAUCGGGCUCGUCUGCUUCUUCAUCGGCUUCGUCGUCGUCGUCGUCUUGGUCUCCCUUCGCGCCGAUGAUCGGGUCGAAGCCGCCGACUCGGUGGGGAAAAGACGAGGUUCAUCUCUCGCUUUCGCUUCUCUCGAUUCGCUACUACGAGAAGAUGAAUUUCAAUAACAGAGGCAGAUGACUCUUAAUUCUCCAUAAAUAUUUCUAAUUGCACUUUUUUAUCUUCUUGGCUUCGCUAAAUGUAGCAUUGGGUUUCCUUUUCUGGUUUGGAUUUGAUUUGGGUGUUGAGAUCUAGAUUUGUAUGGUUACUAUGCUUCAGCGUUUCCCUGUUGACUUUUGUGAUUGUUGUAUAAAUUGAAAUGGAAUUGUGAAAUUUGUGCAUAAAUUCAUAAUAAUGUAAUAAUUAGGCGUAUCCUUUGAUUUUCA